AUGGCGACGUCCAAGGUGCCUGUCGAAGAGACCACAUCCAGCCAGGAUGGAUCGGAGGUGGCAGUGCCCAAGCUGCUCGAUCGGUACGCCGACGAGAGUUACAAACUUCUGUCUCAAGUCAAGGUCGAGCCGCCCACGGCCGAGGAGGCGGAGAGGAUCCGCAAGAAAUGUGUUCGCUGGGUGAUUCCCUUCAUUUGUCUUGGCUAUCACUUGAUCUUUGCCUCGCUUUUUGUCGUCCGUAUACUUCUCGGCCUCGCAGAGGCGUGUAUUGUGCCAUCAUUCCUGAUCAUUCUAUCCAUGUUCUUCACCUACGACGAGCAAGGUGUUUUAAUGCAGAUCAUGUGGGCGUGCGGCAACUCGAGCCCCAUCGCAUCAGGACUCCUGUCGUAUGGUGUUCUUUUCAUCAAGACGGGCAGCUUCGCACCCUGGAAGUGGUUUAUGGUUAUCACUGGAGGCCUAACAGUGCUACAUGGCGUCCUCGUCUGGCUCUUCUUUCCCGACAACCCAGCAUCGGCCCACUUCUUGACCAGAGAGGAACGCGCGCAAUCUAUUCUGCGCAUUGCGUCGAACCACUCUGGUGUCGAGCAGAAACGAUUCAAGAAGACCCAGUUUGUCGAAGCCCUCAAGGAUCCCAAGACAUGGCUCUUUUUCCUCCAUGCCUGGUCCCAGGAGAUGGCCAACGGGCUCACAAAUCAGUACUCGCUCAUCAUCAAGUCCUUUGGGUUUAGCACGCUCAACACAACACUGCUAGGAUGCAUCAACGGCCUGACGGCUCUCGUGUCACUCGGCAACAUCCUAUCACCCCAGCUUUUCCAGGGCAAGUACAAACCCAGGUAUAUCGAAACGUGGUGGGUUAUCCUCUGGGUUGCGUGCGUGUUUCCCAUGCUCCUGGUGCUGUACCUGCGGUACUACCUGAACAAGGAGAACAAAAGACGGGAUUCACUCGCCCAGAAGGGCGAGAUCAGGGAGACUGGAGUGGUCGAACAUGUCGACGAGAGCGGUAACCGGACAGAAGAGGUCGUCGAUGCGAGACAGUUGGACCUCACAGAUAGGGAGAACCUGGCUUUCCGUUACGUCCUUUAG